AGCGAGGGACAACUUCGGGAAAGACGUGGCGGGGAGCGCCCGGCGGGGCCGCUGCUGCCGGCAGCCGUGCCCCGGCCCGGCGGGACCGUGGGCUGCGCGCCGCCCGCUCCGGGGCCGCGGCUGCCCCCGGGCUCCCGGGCCGCGUCCCCCGCGCAGCCCGGCUUUGCCGCAGCUCCCGGGAGCGGUGCCGGGCGCUGCCGCUGCGGGCGUGCUCGGGGCUGCGAGCGCAGUCCCCGCGGGACGCAGCCGAGAAAGUUUUGGAAGUCCCUCCUCCGGGGGACGGUGCCGCGAGAAGGUCCCGGCGCAGGGGCUGCCCCGCGGGGCGGGGGCCGGGUCUGCACGGCCACAGCGGCACAGGGACCCCGGGCGGCAACUCCUGUGCCGCUCCAGAGAGAGAUUGGCCAGCCCGGCUGAGACCACUUAGCAAUGACAAAACAAAACCUCCUGCUUGAUGGGACGCUCUCCUUGUUUCUGCUCGCGGCCUGCGAAGCUCAGCAGCUCCCAAGGAGCCAUGUUGCUGCCAGUCCUGGGUCUCUGUGUGACACGGAGGCAGAGUCCUGGGGACAGCUGUUCAGCAGUGAGCGGCUGGAUGCCUGGAUCUGUUCCCUCAUCGGUUCCCUCAUGGUGGGGCUGAGUGGGGUCUUCCCCUUGCUGGUGAUCCCGCUUGAGACGGGAGCUGCGCUGCGGUCGGAAGCUGGGUCACAGCGUUUGAAGCAGUUGUUGAGUUUUGCAAUUGGUGGACUCCUGGGAAAUGUGUUUCUCCACCUGCUUCCUGAAGCCUGGGCCUACACUUGCAGUGCAGCAGCAGGAGAUGGGCAGAGCUUUCAGCAGCAGAAGCUUCUUGGUCUCUGGGUGAUCAUUGGUUUCCUGACCUUCCUGGUGCUAGAGAAGAUCUUCCUAGAGAAAGAGGAGGAGUACCCUGGUGUGGACUGUGAUUCCAAAGCACCAUCUGGAAAGAUUCCCAAUGGAAGUGGCUGCCCCCUGCCAAAGGGGUCCUCUCAGUCCCAAAGAGCACGAGCUCAGUGUAAUGGCUCCUCUCUCCAGUCUGGUCCAAAAAACAACAGAAUCAAGAUUAGUGGAUACCUCAAUCUGCUGGCCAACACCAUUGAUAACUUCACACACGGCCUGGCAGUAGCAGCCAGCUUCUUGGUUAGCAGGAAGGUUGGGUUCCUCACCACAAUGGCCAUUCUCCUGCAUGAAAUCCCACACGAGGUUGGAGACUUUGCGAUCCUGCUUCGGGCUGGCUUUGACCGCUGGAGUGCAGCCAAGAUGCAGCUUUCCACAGCUCUGGGGGGAAUUCUAGGAGCCUGCUUUGCAAUAUGUGCUCAGUCACCAAAAGGAGCAGGAGAAACAGUAGCCUGGAUCCUCCCUUUCACUUCUGGAGGAUUUCUGUACAUUGCCUUGGUAAAUGUUGUGCCUGAUCUCCUGGAAGAAAAGAAUCCUUGGAAUUCCCUGCAGCAGAUUCUGCUCCUGUGUACGGGCAUUACAGUCAUGGUGCUACUUGCGCUCACAACGGAGUGACCUCUGCGCAGACCUCACGAUGCCUCCCAGAGCCACCACGGUGACUCUGAGCUUUACAAAGCAAUAAGGAACACUAAAGUUACUUCCUACGUGUGUGCGCGCAGAUCUGGCUGCUAGUAUGAGAAGCAGGUGAGAGAGAGGUCUGGCUGUGCAAGACUUCAUUCCCUGGCUCUCCUGUCCCUGUUCUGCUAAAAUCCACACGAGGGCUUCUGUUCUUUUUUUAUUUGGUUUGUUUUUAUGGAGCAAAAGAUACACUGGGCAGAAAUGAACUGAACAACUGCUCCACUAUGAGUGAAUGAUGGUUCAUUCGGUUUGUUCUGAUGGAACUGCACCUCCCAAGCUCUUUCAUGAAAACAACAGAGGUGAUUCCUGUAGCUGAUGAAGAUAAAGGAUUUUUCCUACCACUUUAAGGGCUGGAGCCAGAAUAGGCAUGACAAAGCAACAAUAAACAGUUUUAGCCAGAACCCCCUACCCAUGAGAAGUUGAUGGUGCUAUGAGAUAGAGGGGAAGAGACCUUUUCCAACUUGAUCUCCAGCUGUUCGUUGACACCACUUGUUCCUAAAGGUAGUAUUGGUCUCAGCAGUCCAGCUCUUUUGGUCUAUUUUGUUUACAUUGAAAUUGAGCCAAAAGCUUGAGGCACUGUAGGGUAGGUCACUACAAUUAAACGACUCGGCUUGGAGAUUACUUGCCUCAGCCCUAACGCGCUCCAGUAGCCAGCACAGCCCAACUGUUUAUCUGGUAAAUGAUCAGUAAAUGUUUCUUCAAUUGGCAACUACCAGCUCACUCAAUCUGAGGGAAAGCCAUGUAGCUGUUGUGACUGAGCUCCCUCUCCUCAUAACCAUUAGCUGAACAGGCCUCUGAGCCUGCUCUGAGGCCUGAUUCAUGCACCAUCUGCCCCACACUGUGUAUCAGAGCUUUCUUGAGGUGUAGCAUGUCAGACCUGUCCAGCAUGCUAGAGCACCCCCAGACUGUCAGGGCAGAGGUGCCUGAACACUACAGCCUGGUCAGCAAUUGAUAACUCCUGGUUAGCUUUUCCUCUGUUCAGUGCAAACUAUUUAAGAGCAAACUGUAGAUGGUAGCCUAUUUCUGGUGUUCUUACCUCAUACUGGAGUUCAUCUGUUGAGGAUGAAUGAAUAAGAAAUAAUACUGACAGCUUUUAGAUGGGAAGGUUGAAACUGCUGGGGAAAAUAUUUUUAAGUAAGGUGAGAAAGGGAGAUGAAAAGGUGACAAAAAGUAUGCUUUAAGAAGAGCUUUCUGUUAUGUGAUGCUUGGGAUAAAAUUUUUGGCAAUUUGAGACCAAUAAAAAUAAAUAAAAUUUCUAAUGCUUUCCUUCAUGCCAGCUCACAGGGCUGACCAGGCCAUAAUUCCACAGGGAUGUUUCAUUGCCACUGAGAUGUGCACAAUUACUAGAUCAUCCCUUCUGUAGAAGUUUGUUUUGCUUUGCCUAAAUUUGUUCAAAAACAGAUCUAAUUGAACUAGUGGAGUCACUGAACACUAAACAGGUGCCACAGUGAGAUGUACACCAGCUUAGCUCAGUCUUUUAACAGCUUUUGUGAAGCAGUGCAGCUCUCCAGUCUGCCCAGGGCCUUACCAAGAGGGCUUGUGCCUUGAGAGGGCGAUUUGGGUCAGAGCAGCAAGGCAGGUAUGCUGCCCACAGCAGAGGCAUUACUUCCCUAAGAGAUUCCUGAACUGUUGACACAGUUCUUUGUUAUGACAGCUCUUGUCCUACUUUUCAGGGAGUGCUGGAGAGCUCAUGCUUGCAGUUCUGUCUGCCCAGGAACUGCUGUCUGAAAUUUUUUCAACUUUCCUUUCCCUGGACUUACAUUAGUAACUAGUUCCACUGCAACGAGGAGGGAGGCUUAGUGCAAUUGUUUAUUCCUCUUUACAAAGUUGCCUUCCCGUGCCAACUACUCUCUCCCAUCAUUCAAUUGUCGUGAGGUCUGAAGGUAGCAUCCACUUCCUGCUUUCCUGGAAGGAUGGUUAAUCCAGUUAGCCUGCAGGGACUGGGGGAGUAUGCCAGCCCUCUGGUUUUAGCUUUGGACGUUCCUCCUGCCCAGAGACUGCAGCUAAGCAGACCCUGUAGCAGGGUUCUGGAGGAAGCAGGCUUGCACAGAAAGUUGUGCCUGCUGUUUCUCAAGAUGUCUUUCCCAAAAUAAGGCUGGCAUUUAAGUUGAGGCAUUGCCAGGUGAGUGCCCAUGAGUUGGCGUUGUUGCAUCAGCACCGAGCCUUGCCAAGACUGAAAACCACAGUCAGGAUUUUAUACUCAGCGUUCAGGAAUGUGAAGUGGAUGAGACUGAAGAAAGAAUUUCUGAGCUGUUUUUCUUGGCUGCUAUCACAGGCAUGGAUAGUCUGUGGUUCUUGGGAAGAUACCCUGGUAGGAGGUAGCAUGGGGCUUGUGGGAGGGAGGGGUUCGAUAGAUUUCUACUGCGUCAGCCCUGGGGCUGAGGAUUGAGAGCCUUGGGAGGAAAUGGAGCAUCACUCCACCACAUUUGUCACUUUUGGAAAUGCAGAGAGAAUUGUAUUUUCUAGCUCUAUUUUUUCAGCUGCUCUUAUGCAUUUUCCCCCUUCAUCUGUAUUGGUCUGCUCUGCAUGGAGACAAUAGAGAUGAAAUAAAUAGUUUUCCAUGUU